GGAAGAGUGUCUCAGGAUCCAUCCACCCUACAACCCAAGAUGGCCCCUCUGGUCUGGCUCAUCCAUGGCCUAUUUGCAUGCAUAUUCUCCAACCCGGCGCCAACCAUGGCGAUGCCGCCGGCUCCCCCCGUCAACUGCAACGCGACGGGCUGCGUCCUCUCCAACGCCUACGGCGUCUGGGGCGACCGGAAGGAAUGCUGGGUCCAAACCGUCGCCUAUCCGACGACCGAAGACGAGCUCCGCUCCGCCGUGGCCCAGGCCAGCCAAAAGAACCAGAAGGUCAAGGUGGUAAGCGGGUUCUCCCACACCAUCCCAAAGCUAGCGUGUCCUCCGUCGGAGAACUCGACGCUUAUAAGCACGGCCAAGUACAACGCGGGGAUCGAGGUGGAUGCCGGGAACCAGACGGUCACGGCGGACGCCGGAGUGGGGCUGAGGGAUUUGAUCGAUAAGGUGGAGGCGGCGGGGCUGAGCCUGGUGGCGGCGCCGUACUGGGAAGGGGUGAGCAUCGGCGGGGUGGUGAGCACGGGGUCGCACGGGAGCUCGUGGUGGGGGAAGGGCGGGGCGGUGCACGACCACGUCGUGGGGCUCAGACUGGUGGUGCCGGCGGGUAGCUCGGAAGGGUAUGCCAAGGUCGUGAGGGUGGUGCAGGGAGAUCCGCUGUUUAAUGCAGCGAUGGUGUCGCUGGGGCUGCUAGGAGUCAUCUCCAAGGUGACCCUGUCACUAGAACCUAGAUUUAAAAGAAAUAUUACCUAUUCUUACAAAGAUGACAGCCACUUGGAAGAUGAAUUCCAGGAUCUUGCUCGGCAGCAUGAGUUUCCAGACAUCACCUGGUACCCAUCACAGCACAAAGCUGUGCACAGAUAUGAUGAUCGAGCUCCCUUGAACAGCUCUGGUGAUGGUAUGAAUGACUUCAUUGGGUUUCAGUCAAACCUCAUCAAUGUUUCGACUACAGUGAGAUGGACAGAGAAGGCAUUAGAGAAAUCAAAAUAUGUCAAAGGAAAGUGCAUCCUGGCAGCUUCAGAAAUAGGAUUUAAGAAAUUAGUGGGCAAUGGCUUGAAGAACAAUAUUAUUUUCACUGGCUACCCAGUUGUGGGUUAUCAGGGUAAGAUGCAGACCUCGGGUUCCUGUCAACACUCGCCAUCAUCGAACACUAUGAGCUCGUGUGCAUGGGAUCCUAGAAUCAAAGGAUUGUUCUUCUACGAGACUACAGCUAUUUUUCCUGCUUCAAAAUUCAGAGACUUCAUUCUUGAUGUCAAGAAGCUAAGGGACCUAAAUCCAGACAAUUUCUGUGGUGUAGAUAUCUACAAUGGAUUUUUAAUACGGUUCAUCAAGGGUUCAGAAGCAUACCUUGGUCAGUCCGAGGAUUCUGUUGUCCUGGAUAUCAACUACUACAGAGCUGAUGAGCCUUUGACGCCGAGGUUCAAUCAGGAUAUUUGGGAAGAGGUGGAGCAGAUGGCGUUCUUCAAAUAUGGAGCCAAGCCUCACUGGGCCAAGAACAGAAAGCUUGCUUUUAUAGGUGUGCAACAAAAGUAUCCGAACAUGAGCAGCUUUCUUUCAGCGAAGAGCCAACUAGACCCUCAAGGCAUGUUUGACAGCCAGUGGUCAGAUGAGAUAUUCUUAGGAAAAGAAUCCGCCAAAGAUGAUGGGUGUGCCAUGGAAGGACAGUGCAUCUGCUCAGAAGAUAGGCAUUGCAAUCCAGCUGAAGGAUACUUGUGCAAGCCAGGUCAAGUUUACAAUGAAGCUAUGGUGUGCAGAUAUACAAAAUCUUAGUACCGUAAUGAUGUCUGACAAGAAUUCUCAAAUUGUUUUCUGCAGCAUAUGGCGUGAAUAAAUAGAUAUUGU